AUGGCCCGUCCUGAAAAAAUCUUGCCUAUAUCUGAAGAAAAUUCAUCAUCCACAUCUCAAAUCGCUUCAGCUAAGGCAGACAAUGAUGACGAUAAGUAUUUUUAUUCUGAAGAUAGGGAAGUGAAAGGAGCGAAUAAAGAGGUGCCAAAG